ACAUAAGACUUUGCACUGCUUCUACUUCUCUAUAAGAAGCAGAAACAAAAGGAAACAGAGAAAAGAGAGAAGAGAGAGAGAGAGAGAGAGAGAGAGAGAGAGAUUGAGAUUUGAGAUCUGACCCGUUUUGUUUGAUUUUUGCCAAAACUCGAAACUCGAGGGCCCUUUCUCAAGAGGGUCUUCUCCCUUUUUUGUCAUUUUUUUUCUUAAAAUUUUGAUUCCAUUUCUUUCUUUCUCUUUCUGGAUUUUUCAGUUCUAAAAGGCUAAUCUUUUGUUCAGAACGAUGGGUGUGGAGGUUGUGGGAUCUGAAAUGGCUCAAGUACCCGUUGAGAAGGUUGCUGAAGUAGAUGGUUCAUUUUUGCAUGAGAAAGAGAACGGAAAACUAGAUAAGGAUUCAGGGAUGAAAGAAACUAUUAAAUUUGGUUCACAUGAAGAGGAGCAUGUUAAAGGAGAAGGAAAUGAUGUUGCAGGUGCCAAGUUCCCAAAGGAUGCAGCUGACGAGUGGCCUGUAACGCAGAUUCAUACGUUUUAUUUUGUAAGGUUCCGGCCAUUUGAUGAUCCAAAAAUAAAAGUCAAAAUUGAUCAGGCAGACAGGGAGAUUCAGAGGAACAACAAAGCCCGGUUUCAUAUUACUGAAGAAUUGAAAGCAAAAAGGUCUGAGCGUAAAGAAAUAGCUGAACAGCUGAGGACUCUAAGAAAUGAGAAUGAUCAGUAUAAAACAAUCUUUGAUGAGAAAAGAAAGGAAAUGGAACCUCUUCAACAGGCGCUAGGCAAGCUGCGAACAAACAAUGCUGCUCGUGGUGGUUUAUGUUCAUCUGAGGAAGAACUUAAUGAUAUUAUUCACAGCUUGCAAUUUCACAUGCAACAUGAGAGCAUAUCGUUGACAGAGGAGAAGAAAAUACUUAGAGAAAUCAAACAACUUGAGGGGACAAGGGAAAAAGUAAUUGCUAAUUCUGCAAUGAGAGCAAAGAUUCAGGAUUCAAUGGGCCAGAAAGAAGCUAUUCAAGACCAAGUCAAACUUAUGGGUGUUGAUUUGGAUGGAGUAAGAAAGGAGCAACAGUCAGUUUGGGCAAGAAUUACUCAAUUAAGGGAAAAAGUGAAAACAUUAGACGCUGAAAUUAAUUCUCUACAGGAUGAGCUUACAGAAGUGACAGAGAGGAGGGACAAAGCAUAUGAUAGCAUCAAGUCUUUAAGGCAACUGCGUGAUGAAGGGAAUGUCCACUUCUAUAAUAGUCGCAAGACCAUUACUGAAGCCAAGGACCUGGCUGCCAAGAAAGAUGUAAAAGCUCUUGAGACACUUUCUAUUGGAGAGGUUAAUAAAUUUAUGUCCCUCUGGAGCAAUAACAAGGCCUUUAGGGAUGAUUAUGAAAAAAGAAUUUUGCCAUCACUUGACAGUCGGCAGUUGAGUAGGGAUGGGCGAAUUAGGAAUCCGGAUGAGAAGCCAUUGUUGCAAUUGGAUAUGACUGUACCCUCUGAACCAGAACCAGUAGCCAAAGCUAAUGCCAAACGAGCAAAAGAAGAUUUAAAAGCUACUCCACUAAAGGAGUCCUUGCCUACUCAGAAGGCCCCGAAAGAAUCAAAUAAGAAAGAUUUAAAGGCCACCUCGGAGCAUACUGAUGUAGCUGAUGAGAUCUAUGAGUCAGAGAAGCAGCAAAAGAAUCUUUCACCUGCUAAGGAAAUUGAUGAAGCAAAGUUGAAGGAGCUUAGGAGAGAAGAAGAGAUGGAAAAAGCUAAACAAGCUAAGGAAAGAAAGAAGAAAUUGGCUGAAAAAGCUGCAAAGAAAGCAGCUAUAAGAGCUGAAAAGGAAGCUGAAAAGAAGCUGAAGGAGAAAGAGAAGAAGUUGAAGAAGAAGGCUGCAGUGCCUGCACCUUCAACUGAACCUGAAGAACCAGCUGAACAGGUUUCAGAGGCAGUAGAACCUGAGAAGCUUGAAGUUCAGGAUGAACCUUCUGCUCCAGUGAAAGACAAAAUUAGAAAGGAGAAUUCUGUCAGGCACAGGACUCGAGCAAAGGGCGGAGAUUCACUUCCAAAAGCCAUUUUAAGGAGGAAAAGGUCGACCAACUAUUGGAUGUGGGCUGGUGCUGCCGGUGCUGCUUUGCUGCUACUUGUGUUUCUGGCCUUGGGAUAUUACUAUACUUCCCUGAAGAAGUGAAACUAGGAUAAAAUAGAAGCCUUUUGGACAAUUUUCUGCUUGGUGAGUGUGUGAGUGGGUUAGGUUUGUAGUUGCAGAAUUAAGACAUUUAUGUUCGUUGCAUCCUGUUGGUGGAUGGACUGAAAAAGCUCAUAAUGUUGGUGGCAGUAAUUUAGGCAGUUCCAUAAGUAUUUAGCCAAAAAAAAAAAAAAGAAAGAACUAAAUACAUCUAUUUUGUUUUUAUGUGCUUCCAAAUUUUGACUUUUUAAGUUAAAUUUCCAUGAAUCUUAAACGUAAUCCUUAGCUUUA